AUGGACGCGGCCCAGCUUCCGGAGACAGGUCCUCCGCCCCAGAUAGAGCACGAUCAAGAGCGAGCUUAUCCUCGAUCUGUCACUCCCAAUGACGAUGUGGCAGUCACUACUGACGAGUCUCCGGCUUACAAUAAUGGCCACAAUCCUGGCGAACAGGGUCAUCACCGUUCUCAUUCUGAUUACUCCUCAACCCAGAAUUACUUUGCCCCCGAAGAUGACCAGUCGUCUCGAUUCAACUCUCCAACAAUGACGUAUCAGCCACAACCGUCUCAGCCUGCCUCUCGCCCCAGUUCUGGGCUAUCUAGCGGGGGAGAUCGAUAUUCAUAUUCCCAGUCACACCAGGAACAAAGCCAAAAACAACCGGUCCAACCGACAAAGAACAGCGUUGUCAUCAAGGUUGGAAUGGUUGGGGAUGCUCAGAUUGGUAAGACGAGCUUGAUGGUCAAGUACGUGGAGGGCAGCUGGGAUGAAGACUACAUCCAGACAUUGGGCGUCAAUUUCAUGGAAAAGACCAUCUCCAUCCGCAAUACGGAAAUCACAUUCUCGAUCUGGGACUUGGGUGGGCAGCGAGAAUUCGUGAACAUGCUUCCCCUCGUUUGCAAUGACGCUGUGGCUAUCCUUUUCAUGUUCGAUCUGACCCGGAAGAGUACGCUGAAUUCGAUUAAGGAAUGGUACCGCCAAGGUCGCGGGUUCAACAAGACAGCCAUUCCGCUCCUUGUCGGCACCAAAUAUGAUCAAUUCGUCAACUUCCCCCGGGAGGACCAAGAAGAAAUCUCGAUCCAGGCCAAACGAUUCGCAAAGGCCAUGAAGGCGAGCUUGAUCUUCAGCAGUACGAGCCACAGCAUCAAUGUCCAGAAGAUCUUCAAGAUCGUCCUGAGUAAGGCUUUUGAUCUGAAGUGCACCAUCCCGGAGAUCGAGAAUAUCGGAGAGCCAUUGUUACUAUACAAAAACGUAAGUCUCUACGUGUCGAUGGCUGAAGAACCGCGACCCCAGUCGAUUCAGGAGCGAAUCGCAGCCCUGAAACAGUCGCAAGUUGGACGCAUUCCAAAUGGCGCAUCCUCUGUGCCUGUGGCACCAAGUCUACCUCCUCGACCUGCGGCCUCGACGGCCAAGUCCAUCAAUAAUCCUCCGCAUGAGGUGAACGGCUCUGUUGUUAACAGCAAGUCGGUUGGGAACAGACAGAAUGGCGGCCUCUCACCACCAACCAUUACCAAGACCAGCCCGGACGCAACAGAGGCCAAUAGAUCCAAACCUCCACCACUUCCUGCGCGCAGGACGCCCAGCCAACCACGUCCACCUUUACCUCCGCGAUCACCCUCUGUAGGGCUGCAAAGAAGACCGUCUUCAGAGUCCACGACGUCUAGUACUUCAUUUUCGACAUCGUCUACUUCAGGGACAGCAAAAACGGCUGAUACGCGGGCAACAUCUGUCGAGACCGGGACACAUCCACUCCGCGCACCAGCAUGGGGAGAGACGGAAUUGCCUCCCCUCCCUCCUCGCAACUCCGGCGAAACGAAGGAGCCAUCGAGUACGGAGACGUUACGGAAGUCAGCUUUACCGCCAAUGCCUCUCAUAAAGCCACCGUUGCCUUCGCGGAAUCCGUCGAACGAAUCGAGGGAGAUCAAUCGUCCACCACCCCCUCUGCCACGGCGGCAGCCGUCAACUGAUCAGGUAAAGCAAUUGCCAAUCAGGUCGGGAGAUCAGUCCACGAAGGGAGCCGGCGGCGGACAAGCAGUGAGGAAGCUUCCUCCUGUACCUUCUGCAGAUGAUAUCAACAAGAUUCGACAGUCAUCCUUUGCGGGAUUAAGCAAGCCUGUCGAAAAGAAUGAGUCUCCAGCAACACUUUCUAAUGGCCAUAAUCAAAAUCACAUCGCCUCUGAUGCUCCUCCUCCCGUUCCACUGGCGACACGUCCAGAUCUGAGCGCCUUGCAGGCGACGAAGCCUAAAUUCAAACCAAACAAACCUCCUUCUUUGUUACAUUCAAGCACGGAGUGUCUGAAAUGUCGUGAUUUUUCAGGACCAGAUACCCAUGCGGCUCGGUUUCCCCGCCAGUCUCUUCCUUCGAAUGACCUGGCAUGGCUGGCAAAUCAACUUACAGCGCCAUUUCCCUCGCCAACAGACAAGGCGAGGGCUAUAUUCACGUGGCUUCAUUAUAACAUCAAAUACGAUGUGGACUCUUUCUUCAACCACUGUGUGCAGCCUUCGACGCCGGAAAGGACUCUUGCCACGGGUCUGGCCGUCUGCGAAGGAUAUGCUGGCCUCUUCAAGACUCUGGCAACUCAUGCUGGCUUGGAGGCUCUUGUGAUAUCAGGCCAUGGCAAAGGAUAUGGUCACGUGCAGCUAGCACCAGGCUCUCCUAUUCCUCCGUUCGAGUCAAACCACGCGUGGAAUGUCGUGAAAAUCGACGGGGGGCAGUGGAAAUUAAUCGACGCGUGCUGGGGAGCAGGAGCAGUCCAAGGUAAAGGCAAGCCGUACAUCCACAGGUUCGACCCGACCAAUUUUACCAAAUCCAAUGACGAGUUUGGUUUGACACAUUUCCCGGCGAAUAAAAACCACUUUUACCGUGACGAUGGUCGUCCCGAGAUCAGUUGGGAGGAGUACAUCCUCAGCGACCCGGACAAGCCGUUUGGCAUCGAGCAGCCCGUCGUCUUUGGGCCCGCCAAGGAGGAAAACGGGAUCAGUGAUCGCUCGUUCCUCCCUGCUACGAGGCGGAUCUCCGUUCACCAACCGGGGCCCAUUCGUUUCCAGUUCAGUCUGAUCUGCGAGCACUGGACGCUCACCCGACACAGCAAGAAGAGCGCGCCAUACCUCUUCUUGCUGAUGAUCCACGGCAUCGACGGCCGGCAAGACGACCGUAUCCCGUUCAACCACGUCCCCGGCUCCGGACCCAACGGCGGCGGUGAUUUCUGGUAUGUGGACAUCGCCGACCCUAGGACGCUGGGUGCGCCCGGCCAGAAGUUGGCCAUUGCCGCUGUCACCAGCUUCGGCUCCCGUCAAGACGCUCGGGGCCUAUCAUUGCAGGAAUACCGGGAGAACGUAGGCAGGGUUGGCAUGGCAUGGUCCUACAUGGCGGAGUGGGAGCUUGUGUGA